AUGGCCCAAAACAAGAUUCUCUAUUCUGCAAAGCUCGACGAGAACAUGCAAAGAUCAGCCUACUUUGAGACAAACAAGAGAACCGUCAAAUCAAACAUCAUGCUGAAGUUUGUGACGAAGGCGAUGGAUAUCGAGCUUCAAGGUGAAGCCGAUUUCAUGACUACUCUUGAAGAUCCAAUCAAACACUUGAAACGUAUUGAACAAUUCAUGAAGAAGAGUGCUGAUGCUGAGUAUGAUUUCUUGGAUUUCUGGGAAGCGAAUCAAAAGUUCUUUGCUAUGAAGCAAGGAACAACAGAAAACUUGAUGCAUUUCAAGGAACGAUUCUUGAGACAGGCUGAAGUCCUGCAAGAUCUAUAUGGCGUGGCCUGGUUCCGAGAUUUUGCAAUCAAGACUAAAGCAUAUGCUGCUAUUGCUAGCACCGAUACUGCUGCUCAAAACAAGUUCAAGGAUGAUAUCUUUGAAGCCAUUUUUGCAACAGGAUUUCUGUGCAACUGCGAUCAAACAAGAACAGCUCCUCUAUGCUGGAUCUUCAGACAAACUAUUGCAGAGAAGUGGAUAAUUAUCCAAAGACGGUCAGCACAGCACAAGAUAUGUUGA